GUAUUAUCCUGCGGCAAAAGCCGACCAACGGACAAGUCUCUGCUUACGCUGUCUCACUGCAGAACUUCGUUCAAAGCUACGGUGAGCUGAAGUUGACAGCCAAAGGCUCAGUGAUUCAAUGCAUGGAUGCCACCGCCGCCAUAAAUGGUCACUACGUCCGCUUGGAGGAUGUAAUGACGAGAUACUCGCUGACCAAAGUGGCGGCGGAUGAGCACGCCAACGCCAAUUGGAACUACGUGUACAUUUUCGAUGAUGAUGACAAGCCCAGCUUCGACUUGCACGUGUGA